UAUGACGUAGUGUUUCUUGAAUACAGUGAAAAGAAUGCAAAAAACCCGGGUCAUAAAUCGAGACUCGUGAAUAGAAACAGCGCAGAUACAAAAUGGCCUCUGUCGGAUAUCUACUGGGAAUUUUAUCGACAUUGGUGCCGUCUGUCCUUGGCGGAAGGUACUGCCGAUGGUCGUACGGUUAUUUCGGAUACAGCUACUAUAUUUAUUGUCCUGAGAAAUGUUGUGGGCCAAGCUCAAGCCAAUAUUGCUGUGAUUUUGAUUGGAACGAUGGUUCCAUAGCUGGUGUGGUGAUCGGGAGUAUUGUGGGCCUAGCUAUGCUGAUAACACUGCUUGUGUGCCUGUGUAAGUCGUGUAACAAGAAUAGGCACACGACAGGACAAGUUGUCUAUCCUAGCACCGAACAACCAACUGUGGCUAUUGUCGAUACCAACACCCAUACAGGUCAUGGAGCUGCCUACCCUCAUCAAGGAACGAUUCAUCCUCCUCCUUUUCCUUCUCAAGGACCAGCCUUUCCUCCUCAUGGACCAGCUUAUCCUCCUCACGGACCAGCUAAUCCUCCUCAAGGACCAACCUUUCCUCCUCAAGGACCAGCUUAUCCUCCUCAAGGACCAGCCAAUCCUCCUCAAGGACCAACCUUUAACCCGCUUCCACCAGCUUACGUCCCUCAAGGACCAGCGUAUCCCCCACCUCCACCAGUGUACCACCCUCAAGAACCAGACUAUCCCCCGUCGAUUCCAGGCCAGUUUGUACCUCCGCUGAAAUUUUAAGAUCAAUGUUUAUCUCCGUCAAUAUACCGUCUCUUUAUUAUUUAUUGAUAUGUUGUAUGUCUGUACCCCUCUUGGUAAUCACUGUGGUUAUUAAAUUGUAUAAAACUUGACAUUUGGCCCUCGGAUCAUAACAGAACCUAAAGUUUAAGGUUUUGAUUACCCAUUCACGAAUGACAUCAUAUUUCAUGACAUUAUUGGUGAUUGGUUAAGUAAACCAUGAAGACAAGUUUAGACUCUAGAUCGUGUCAUGGUUUCGGAACCUGAUCAACUGUGAUAUAAUUAUCUUUUAUACUUAAUUAAGGAAUCCGGAAUCUAUGAUCAUGGUUUAUCCUAACAAAUUAGUAUUCAGAUUCGAAUGCGUCAAACGCUAAGCCAAAACGUCAUCACUUAUAUUCAGUCGACCUACAUGUAUGUUGUUAUGAACGCACCCUAAAUUUGCUAUGUAAUAAUGGUAAGCAUUAAGGCAGUACAGUGACCGAUGCGUCUUCUUAAAGUGAGUAUUGUGAAACAGAGCAUAAGUAAUCUAAUAAUGAGGAACAUGAUGUCACUUUCAGUUUUUUUUAGUAUAAGCAUGUCUUGGUAACUGAAAGACUUUCCAUUGGUGACAGUUAAACCUGUUCUCCAAGACCCAUUUAUCUCAACGAAACUGAUGCUUAAAGCAAGCCCCUGUGAAUGAACUGUGAUUAAGUAUCCUUAAUAUAAUAUUUUGAUACACAAAUGACUAUUCUUGUUUUGAGUAAUAUAAUAUUGAAUGAUUGGGAAGGUUUCACAUUUCUUUCUUCAGUAGUUCCUUGCAAACUUACAAUCUGAUGACAGUUUCCUAACUAAUAUUAACGAAAUGCUUCAUAUCCCUGAGUUUUAUAUAGAGAGGACAAUCGGACUUUGGCCUCGAUGAGGGUAAAUUAUUUUAAUACAAGGAUCACAUCUUUAUUUGUAACUGAUGAAGUUAACAUCAGAACUAAUUCCGCCAAUGAACCAGGUGCUCCAAAGUCUAACAGAACGGGUCUUAUUGUCCCUUCAUACAAACAUACAUACCAUACCAUACAUACAUACAUACAUACGCAUGCACGCACGCACGCAUGCACGCACGCAUAGAAGUUCCCUCCACGAUUUAACGAGUUGUUACUACUGGAAUAUAAAUGUCCAAUAAUUCCCUGUAGAUCACAGUCCUCCGUUAUCUUACAUAUAUAUGCAUAUAUUACUCGUGUAUGUCAUUCUUGCUUGUGUUUUGUCUCUGAUUAACGAUGAAUUAAGUAUAACAAAUUGUAGCUGUGUCACCGAGCCUAAUGAAAAAGUUUUUUUUAAUUUUUUUUUUUAAACUGAUUUAUUACGAAUUAGUAUAUGUUUUAAUCGAUUUCAGACUGAACGCCAUGAGUGGCGUCUAACGUAUACAGCAUUACUAAACAGGAAGGAUGUGGUAUAAAGAGGACCGUCUAUUCAUAGGUCGGUUAUUACAGUUACACAUGGAUCUUGCUCUCCGUAGUUGGUUUUCAAAAGUAAUAAAAAGUCGGAUUAUCUUGUUGUAUAUUAAAAAUACCUACGGUAAAUCUCAUCAAAAAAGCAAAAUCGGUAAAUGUUGAGUCUUUAAUUCUAAAAAUCGAGCGGUAUAUCUCUUUUGUUAAUUAGAAAAUGAGCUUAAUUGAUAGAGAUGAGUACGAAAAGGAACCGUUACUCGUUUUGGGAGCCUCUCGAUUCAUGUACGUUAUUGUAAUGCUUAUAGUGUGUGUGUCACUGCACCAAUACUACCCACAGUAUAUCAACGUAGUAUGUACCACUCUAAAUGUAGUAUAUAGCUAUGAUUGUAAGUUCCUAUACUUCAUUUUGCUAAAAGACUACAUAUGCUUCUAUAUGUUUUAUACUGUGAUAUUGAAUCAUUAUUCCAUGCUAAAAAUACCAAAUUUAAGGUUUCGGACAUGUGUAUUUCAGUUAACUGAACAUCAACAAUGCUAGAAGCAAUAGUAUUAAAGUGUUAAUUGUGUCAUGAUUCGUGUGUCUUGUGUUUUAUUUUUUUAAUAUUGUUUGCAAAAAAACUAUAUACUUUUUGAAUCUUUGUAACCGCUCCA